GAUGGAAAAUUUGAUGCUAUGGAUGGAAAAUUUGAUCUUUUGGAAAGAAGGGUAAGUAGUGUGACAGCACGGUUUGAGAACAAGUUUAAGGGAGUGGGUGGAGAGGAUACUACUCACCAAGCAUAUAAUCCUGUUAUGAAUGGAUCGAAUCGAUACCCGCAUGAAAAUGGUUUAAAUAAGAUCACAUCGUUUGAUCAGAUUAAUCAUCUUAAUGGAAACAUGACCAAUAGAUACUUGGAGUUUUAUAAGUUGGAUACUAGAGGUAGCAUUCUGAACAGAAAAAACAGAUUAAUAAAGUUCCUUGGAAUUGAUGCCGAGAACAAAAUGAGUAUAGAACAAGGAACAACAAUUUGA